AUGGCGGUCCGCGCAUCAUUUGAGAAUUCCAAUGAGUGUGCCAUCUCCCCUCCACCCCACCCCGCCAAUCCCUUUGCAAGCAACUUGAACUGACGAAGGAUACCGCAGAGUCGGAGUCUUCUCCACCCUCACCAACUCCUACGCCCUCGUCGCAGUCGGCGCAUCCGAGAACUUCUACAGGUAAGAAAGACCUUGAAGCACAACCCUCCUCCCCACCCCCAUCCCAUCCCCAAAAAGAAAACCCAAGGAAACACCUUCUGACCCGACCUCCCCCUCCCCAGCGUCUUCGAGGCCGAACUGCAAGACGUAAUACCCAUCUGCCACUGCACCAUCGCGGGCACGCGCAUCGUCGGCCGCCUGACGGCAGGCAACAAGAAGGGCCUCCUGGUCCCCACCUCCACGACCGACCAAGAACUCCAGCACCUCCGCAAUGCCAUCCCCGACACGGUCAAGAUCCAACGGAUCGAAGAGCGCCUCUCCGCCCUCGGCAACGUCAUCUGCGCCAACGACCACGUCGCCCUCGUGCACCCGGACCUCGAGCCCGAAUCGGAAGAAAUCAUCGCCGACGUCCUCGGCGUCGAGGUCUUCCGGCAGACCAUUGCGGAUAACGUCUUGACGGGGAGCUACAUGGCGCUGAGCAACCAGGGCGGCAUCGUGCAUCCCAAGACGAGUAUACAGGAUCAGGAUGAAUUGUCCAGCUUGCUGCAGGUGCCGCUGGUGGCCGGGAGUGUGAAUCGGGGUUCGCCCGUCGUGGGUGCCGGGAUGGUGGUGAAUGACUGGAUGGCGGUGACGGGCCUGGAUACCACUGCGACGGAGCUGAGCGUGGUCGAGUCGGUCUUCAAGUUGGGCGAGGGCAUGGGGCCGAGCGCCAUCAACACCACCCACAAGGAGGCCAUGGUCGAGUCCUUCUAUUGA